AUGUCGACCGCUGCUCCAAUUCAAGGGCCUGUGGAGGCGCGCUCGCUAUCGUCAAUCACCACCAUCGCAUCAAAUCCCCCCGCCUAUCCGCGCAAUCCCACCCACGAGAAGCUCGACCCGUUACAACUGUAUAUCGUGAGGGUCCCUGGUAGUCAAGAUAUAUUUCUAUCCCCCGUUAAACCGCCGACGAAAUCGAGUGUAUCCGCAGAGGCAAUCAACGCGUCCCUCUACUAUGUCCAUGUCGCAACCCCCGAAGACGAUGCCUUGUUAGAAGAGGUGGAGCAAGAGCGCGAGGAAGAAGCCCAACGAAAGAGGGAGGCAUUGGACGCUGCGGCUGAGGAGGAUCCCUCGCAACGCGACUUUGUUCGAAUGAACAAUGUUCGACGGAAGCCAGUUGGAGGACAAGAAUCUGCACAAGAGCCUCCUGCGCUGCCUCCAAAAGUACCAUUGGAGCAUGAGCCUCCGCAGCAAGAUGCGCCUCCGCCGCUUCCCCAGAGACCGGUUCCUAUGCCUGCGGUCUCGGCAGAGAAUAUGUCAUUCGCAGGUACACCAGUAGCCAUUGCGCAGUCAUUUUUUGAGGGUGGGACAGGAACAGCCUUGGAACCAGCAGACAAGCCAGCACUCCCACGACGACCUCUUCCUCCGCUACCUCCCAGUGAAGAGCCGUUUGGUUCACGCCCCGAAGAGCCAACCAGGAAAACAAAUCGGUGGAGCAAUUUCGCAGAUGGCUUGCAUGGGAAGGGUUUCGAUGCGUGGAAGGAGAAGUACGAUUCGUUCUCGGCGGGUGGACGUCAUAGCCUCGAUUCCAACAGACCCCAAUUACCGUCGCGUUCAUCAGGAGAACGGCCCUGGUCAUCACAUAGCCCAGGACAAUCCCCGACUCGCCAACGCAAGCAAAACCGAGCCCCUCCAAGUAACGCAGGCUUCACUAUUACUCUUAUCCGGCGUGAUCCCACUUCGGGUACGCAGUGGAAUGUCGCAACCAUUUCAACGCCGCGCGCGGACUCCAGUGCGAUCGAUAUCGAGAUAUCUACACCAGGAUAUAAUCGAUUCAAUGGGUCGCAGGAACCUUUCUCGUUGGCUAGUCUAGGCGCCAAUCUUCCGUCAAGCCUUCCGCCAGAGUUAAUACGUGCCGCGGGGGCUUCAAUGUCACAAUCGUUACCGAAAGAUCAGCCCACUGAACAGCCGGCUGGACCGCGCAAGUUCCAUCGACAAGUUUGCGUCUCGAGGCAAUUCGACGAUCCUGCUGGGGGAGGAAAUGGCUCAUCGGAGUUCGGUACGGGACAUGGACAUGGACAUGACUCCUCUUCGAAAUUGAAAAGCGGCUACUACGUUUUCAACUCCCCGUGGAAUGGCACUUGUACAUUCUCUAGCAGUGUCAAUGGCCGCAGCUUGAAAUGCAAGCAUAUGAUUUCUGGCCCAGCAACCAUUCCAGCCCCAGGCGAAGGUGAUCCAAAUCCGGCAGUGACUGUGGCUGAGCUUCGCUUCAACACGCCUUUCCAAGCGGCGAAUAUUCGAUACCAGGCAAAUCAAGCACAUCACCAUCACCAUAAUCAAUCCCCCACCUCUCACAUAUCUUCCCACCCUCAGAACCCUACCGAUUUUAUGCCGCAAGACCCCGAAGCAACAUCCAAGCGUGCCUCUCUCUCCCAACUUCUCAACCCAAACAAUUACUCCCGACAACGUGCCUAUUCAGGCCCCAAUUCCGCGUCUCCCACCGACAGCCAAAGAGCAAACUUCAAUCCCUCUGGCCUCAUCCGCAAGACUUCCCUCCGGGCAUCGCGCUUUGCCCGCCAGAACCAAUUCGGCCACUCUCGACGCCGCAGUACGAGUACUAGCAGUGGUGGCGCAGACUCGGAUGAAGACCGAAUGGAUCUAUCUCUGGCCCGUGAAUUGGCGGGGGGUGGUCUGCGGGGAAAGAGCGCUAAACUGGGCAAGUUAGUUAUUGAGGAUGAAGGAUUCAAAAUGUUGGAUCUAGUGGUUGCGGCCUCCAUGGCAGUCUGGUGGCGCGGUUACUACCAUUGA